AUGGGAAAGAAGAAGGUGCUUGAUCUGUAUAGAGCUCCAUUUCCACUUUACAGCGUCAAAGUGGAUGCAGCUACAGGGCUUGUGAUAACAGCAGGAGGCGGGGGUGCCUCAAAGACAGGAAUACAAAAUGCUGUGCAUUUUUUGGAUCUGAAGAUGGUUGGAGAAAAUCAGUACAGCUCCAGUCUUCUUCACUCUCAUAAUACAGACAAACGCGCUACUAUGAACAUGGCUGUGGGUGACGGUGUGAUUGCUGCUGGACAGGACGGCACAUGUAGCCUCAUGAAGUUUAACCUCUGCCGACAGAAAGAAGACAGAUCGGAUCACAAAGAUGGGAACACCCCUGAACUCAGUAAUGCCAGACGGAGACCUGGGAAAGCAGACAAAGGCAACCUCAAUAAACCUGCUGCAACUGGAGACAAGUCGGAUAUGAGAGAUGAGACAGAUCUUAUCACCGUGACCAAUUUAGCUGAAGUGCUCUCGGACCUUAACCCAAACGAUCCUCUUCAGAAAGUUGUCAGAUUUAGUCCUGACAUGAAGCUUCUGCUGACUGGAGGUACAGAUGGAUUCAUCAGAGUUUGGGAGUUUCCAUCCCUCAAGAAACAGUUUGACUUUAAAGCACAUGAAGAGGAGAUUGAAGACCUGGAUAUGAGCGUAGAAAGCAAGCUUCUUGUGACUGUUGGGCGAGACUUUACCUGCACUGUAUGGAGUGGCAACCAAAUGAUUACAGGUCUAAAGUGGUGUGAAACCAUGCCUCAUAUUUCUGAAAAGUCAUAUCGAUAUAUGGCAUGCAGGUUUGGAAAUGGUGAGGAGGAGAAAGAUGCACUAAGGCUUUACACAGUGCAAAUCCCUCAUAAGCGACACAAAAAUCCUCCUCCUUGCUAUAUCACAAAGUGGGAUGGCAAGAUCUUUCUACCCAUGUUAACAUCUCACUGUGGCACUGAAGUUAUUUCCAGUCUCGCUGUCAGUGACUCUGGAAAGUUUCUUGGCCUUGGCACAGUUACGGGAUCGGUAGCAAUUUAUAUUGCUUUCUCUCUACAGAAGCUGUACUAUGUCAAUGAGUCACAUGGCAUUGUUGUGACCGAUCUAGCAUUUUUGCCUGACUUCCUGAAAGGCCAAAGUAUCAAAGGCAGUAACAAAACAGCAAUGCUAAGUGUAGCUGUGGAUAGUCGUUGUCAAAUACAUGCUGUUACCAAAGGAAGACCCAUUCCUGUCUGGCUGCUCUUCUGCGGGUUCAUAUUUGUCGGUUUGCUCUUUUUUUUACAGUUCCACUUUCAGUUGUUUCUCUAAAGGAUGCAUAUUAUCAGUGAAUAACCUUUUGUUUGCAACAGCAGCCUUUUUUUUAACACAAUAAAAUCUGAAGGACCAAAAGCA